AUGCAGAGGACCUUCGCCUGGCUGUUAGACCGCGUGCAAAACCUGGGUGCCCCUGUCACCCUCCAUGCCUCCUAUCUGGAGAUCUACAAUGAGCAGGUUCUAGACUUGCUGAGCCUGGGGUCUCCCCGGCCACUCCCUGUUCGUUGGAACAAGACUCGGGGCUUCUAUGUGGAGCAGCUGCGGGUGGUGGAGUUUGGGAGUCUGGAGGCCUUGAUGGAACUGCUACAAAUGGGUCUCAGCCGUAGAAGGAGCUCAGCUCACACCCUGAAUCAGGCCUCCAGCCGAAGCCAUGCCCUGCUCACACUCUAUAUCAACCGCCAGGCUGUGACCCUGAUCCCCCCAUCCCAGCAGAUACCUCCUGUGGACCCUGGGGAACACCCUGCUGGUGGGAAGCUGUGUUUUGUAGACCUGGCCGGCAGUGAGAAGGUGGCAGCCACAGGAUCCCGUGGGGAGCUGAUGCUUGAGGCCAACAGCAUCAACCGCAGCCUGCUGGCCCUGGGUCACUGCAUCUCCCUGCUGCUGGACCCACGGCGGAAGCAAAGCCACAUCCCCUUUCGAGAUAGCAAGCUCACCAAGCUGUUGGCGGACUCAUUGGGGGGGCGUGGGGUCACCCUCAUGGUGGCCUGCGUGUCCCCCUCAGCCCAGUGCCUUCCUGAGACCCUCAGCACCCUGCGGUAUGCCAGCCGAGCUCAGCGGGUCACCACUCGGCCCCAGGCCCCCAAGUCCCCUGUGGCGAAGCAGCCCCAGCAUUUGGAGACUGAGAUAUUACAGCUCCAGGCAGAGAACCGUCUCCUACGGUCCCAACUGGGCCAGAGGGACCUCAAGGUCUCUGGAUCCAGUGGGACCCGAGCAGCCUGGGCCCAGCGGAACCUCUGUGGGAUGCUCCAGGAGUUCAUGCUGGAGAAUGAGAGGCUGAGGAAAGAGAAGAGCCAGCUGCAGAGUAGCCGGGACCUGGCCCAGGAUGAGCAGCGCAUCCUGGCCCAGCAGGUCCACGAGCUGGAGCGGCGCCUCCUCUCUGCCUGCUACCUCCACCCGCCCGGCCUCGGCCCAGCCCCACCAUGCUCCUGUGUGAUGGUACCAGCUCCGUCCUGCCACGCCCUGCCACCUCUCUGCUCCUGGCCCUGCUGCCACCUCUGCCCCCUGUGCCGAGCACCUCUGGUCCACUGGGCUUGCCCACGGAGGGACCUCCACCUGCCCCAGGUGUUUGGCCCUAAGGCCCCAGAUGGCAUGCCUCUGUCUGCCCGACCCCCACCCUGGGCACCUCCAUGCAGCCCUGGCUCUGCCAAGUGUCCAAGAGAGAGGAGUCACAGUGACUGGACUCAGACCCGAGUGCUGGCAGAGACCCUUACUGAGGAGGAGGUGGUACCUUCUGCACCUCCCCUGCCCGUGGGGCCCCCAAACACAUCGCCAGCGCUGAGACACGGUGGGGCCACAGUUCCAAACCUGGCCCGGAGACUGGAGGCCCUCAGAGACCAGAUCGGCAGCUCCCUGCGACGAGGCCGGAGCCAGCCACCCCCCAGUGAGAGCAAACAGAGCCCUAGCCGAGUCCUCCCUCCCUGCUGA